AUGACUCUUCCACGCCCAGAUCGUCCCGAACAACAACACUCGCAGAGCGAAGAGCAGGACGAUCCGCUAUUCUUCUACAUGCCCGACGCGCAAUGGGGCGAGUUCUGCCAGUGGUACAAGUCCAGCUUCACUGUCAGUAAAGAGGAAAUAUCCAAGCUUGUCGGACAUACCGUGGACGAGCGGGGCCCUGUAGGGCUGAUUACAUUCAACUGCGCCGAACAGUUCAUGAUGUACUGUAAAGCUGCACGGUUCCGCGAUACAGCCCGGCAGGCUCGCGUGCUUGCAACAGACAGUCCCAAGGAGCAAAAGCGGCUUGGAAAAGAAACAGUUGGGUUCACAGCGGAAAGCUGGGAUCAGGUGAAGAGUGCUGUUGUUGAGGCGGGCAACAUCGCAAAGUUUGGCCAAAACCCACACUUGGGACGGAAACUGCUGGAUACAGGCAACCGAUUGCUCUGUGAGGCCGCAUCGCGCGACCGCGUCUGGGGCAUCGGGUAUACCGCAAAGCAUGCCAUGACUCAACGGAAGCAUUGGGGGGAGAACCGGCUGGGCAAAGCAUUGAUAGCGACAAGGGACCAUCUCCGAGAACAGGAGGCACGACAGCAACGCCCGUGGGAACAUUGGGAGGACGUGGACGAAUCUUAG